AUGCCUGCUCUAGCCGUGUGUAUGCUUCUCAUCGCAGUGAGCGGCACGGUCAAAGCAUCCCCCCCAGCAUUCCCUGCCAGCCAGCUGAACAUCGAGCUCGCACACGACGCAACGCACGGAGAGCUCAGAAGGUGGGACAUCGAGGACAUCAGACAUGCUGCUCAUCACUACUACGUGGAUACUCUUCAACCUUUUGGCGAGAGUCACCAUUUCAGGGAAAAUCCACACACGUUUGAGGUGCGCAUUGACUCCCUGCUCGCUCGCCAAAAGUACGCUCUCACAGUAGCUUCUUCUUUACCAAAGGUCAUCCACCCUUUCCAAUUCGACCCUCCGAACCGCCAAGCUGUCGUGCGCGGAUACUACAAGACUGCGUAUGGAGUUCGCAUUCCGAAUCAUCUCAAAAGUGGGCGAGUAAGGUUGAAGAGCCUGACGCAUGAUGCGCGUGCGCUCGUGCACGCUGUCCCUUUAGCCCCCAAUCAGAAGAUUGUUUCGCACGGCUUCAGGUUUCGUACAGGCGAACGGGAAGCAGAGCCCUACCACGCGAACUCGUAUCGUCCUACAACUCCUGGCCAUGUCCACGUCAAGCCUCCAGCCAGGUUCACGCAGGCGCAACAACGAGAAGAAGCUUAUCUCAGAUCUUUUGGAGCUAUUCAGCGCUACCAUACAAACAGAGUUGGAGUUGAGAGUCCGCUCAGGGUGCACCACUAUGAAGUGAGUGCACGAAAUCAUUGAACGCUUGUGAACCCUCUAUUGCACCGUGGUACUGAGGCGGCCCACAAUUGUUCUGCUCUGCAAGAUGUUGGAGUCAGCCAAACCAGGCCCGGAUGGCUACGAGACGGUCAAAGCUCUAGCCAUCGAUCAGACCAAUAGACCUAUUCGACCGACGUACGACCCUGGCACGAUCGAGCACGACAUCCCCUUGUCGACUAGCCAUGUUCCUCGAUCCCACACAGCCUACAGGGAAGCUGGGAGGGACGCGCCGUCUCUUUCGGAAGCCACUUCGGAUGGCAAGUCGACUGUAUCAAGCUCAGGAGGCAAGCAAGCAGCUGCUCCAACGAACCAUUCAACAGCAGGCACCUCGAGUCUCGACCCUGCAGCGCCACCGUUCGUGCCAUCAUUUGCAGCGCGUCCCCCUCCUUCAACUUUGGCUGGGUCGAUUUGGACGAAGCAGGCAGAGCUGCGCAAGCGCACAUUGGGCAGGAUAGCGGAGGGUUUAAAGUCUGCAGAAGCGGUUUCAGCACUGGCUCAGACCUCGGAACAGGCCAGCUCUGAUGCUGCCUCGCACGGCGUCGCGGACAUCGGCCGAGCUGCGGCGACAAAAUUCCCUACCAGUCGCACAUUUCUCUCGGGCAAGUCGGUAGGAAGGCCUCGUCUGACCCCAGAAGGCGUUAAGAUGACACAAUGGCGGGAUCUCAAAGCGCUGGAACAGGGUGGGACCCACCAGCCACCAAUCGACGUCGCUGGAGACAGAAGGAGAGCUCGGCUUCUCGGCAUUCCAAUCAAGAAAAUCAAGGGAAGGCCUCGAAAGUGUGCGGAAGGAUGUGCCACGACACAGCGUACAGAGCGUAGAUUGGCACGCCAAGCUGCUGGGUUACCACCAAUUCAGAGGGGACGUCCACGCCUGCGCGAACUGCCUCAAGUCGAGGUAGCCCAGACAUCUCGGGUCAUCAGCAAGCCCUCUGGUGACGGUAAGCGUCGCGGCCGGCCAAAGCUUUUCUUCGGCGGUGGUCGUUCAACGCAGAUGCAGCGGCAGAGGGAAAGGAGAGAGGCUGCUGGGCUCCCCAAGAGGCCUACUGGGCGUCCUCCGGGAGCUAAAUUUGUCCAGGAUCUCAACAAGCCACCUUCUCGACUAGGCCGGCCCAAACAGGCGCAGCAGCAUAAUCUUGCGGCGACCUCGGCCGAUGAAGCAGUAGCGCAUCCGUCCCUCGUCUUCAGUGAUCCGAUGCUCGUCCCCACAGACUCGCGCUGUGAGUAGACUGUUUUCGCUUUGAGAUACGAGCUUCGCUCUCUGGUUUACUGACGGACACGGUCGCUCGCAUCUGCACCUUUCGACUUGCAGUCACACAGUCGGCAUCCUUUCACCGCAUCGCUCCUGAUACACCCGAGCAGGGCGGUCAGAUCCCUCACCUGCACCGUCGUUCGCUCCAGCUUCCUUGUAGGAGUUGUAGCGAGCCAGCGGACCUCUCCAUGACAGAACGAGGAGACAUGGUCAAGAGUCCAGGAGCGCCGGAAGCAGUAGUGGUGCGUCACCCACCAUGCUCCUCACGACGAUGAGAAGAUUCUGACGCUGCACGAAAGAUUCGCGCAGCUUUUGGCCCGAGGCAAAGCGCCACUGAAUCCAAAGCUUCCACUAGCUGCUGAAAAGCUCGCGUUGCUGCCCGAGAGUCUCCACGAGAAGGCUUCCAAGCGCAGUUGGGGCGGCCUCUCGCUCUCGAGGCUCAACGAACAUAGGAAAUGGCUUCGAGACCACGGCCAGGCUCAUCUGUUGAAUGUCAUCAUGCCUCUUCCCAAACCUGGUCCACCCAAACCAAGGUCAAAACUGCUGCUGGGCGAAGGAACGCCACAAACGAAAUCGAAGCACCGUCGGAUCCUGAGGUCUCUUGGCGUGGACAAAGAUCUGAUUUGGGAGGCUGUGCCGGGGAACAAGAGCAAAGCGAAGUCACUCGGCUGCCGCCGUGGAGAACCUUGCACUCUUGCGAAGACAACACUGAUCUUUGAGAAGCAGCGCGCAGCGACGGUGGAGAAUAUCAGGCUCUAUGGCAUCGCGGCGAGAUGGAAGGGCUUUGCUGCCAAGCGAUUAGAAGGCGAUUUCGGUAAGAGCGCGUCUCGCCCCAUUCACUCAGCUUCUGGCAGCGCGUCUGCAAGUCGUCUCAGUCACAGCGGUGAAACCGACCCACAUCUUGGUCACAAGGGACACCAAUCUGAGGAGCAUGUCGGUUCAAGCCGUGACACCGGCGCGCCGCGAGUUGCCGAGGGCGUCACUGUGAAGACGUUUGCGUCAAGUUCAUCGAAUACUGACGCUACUCUGAGACGGCCAGAUUUCUCAGUAGCUCGGCACUCGAGUGCACAACUUGCAACGCUGUCGCAGAGCGCAUCUUCGUCAACCCACAAUGGCCAUGCGUCAUUGCGGUCCGGUCCUUCGAGCCCGCUAGGGCAGAGUCGAUUACAGGAACAGCCUCUCGGUGCAGAUGACGAUCGGCAUGCUAUCAAGGGCCUGCAGAGCACCCCAGCCGCGCAAAGAGACCGUCUCGUGCAUCCAAGGGUCCACGACAAGCACCUUCAAACCUCGACACUAGGGCACACUGUCGACUUUGGUCACAGCUCAGCUCCUCCAAAAGCCGCUCAUCCUCUAGACAUGCUCCUUGAAGCGGCUCGCUUUGUAGAACGACGUCCGCCACCCAGAUCUGCUUCAUCGAUCGCUCCCAGUGGCUAUCAGAAUGAGGGAACAAAGCGCCCUGCGUCGAUCAGCUCUUCGUCGCGCCACGUGUCAAAUUGA